UAUUUCUGUUAAAAUAUAAUUAAUGUUGUUUUUAAUUUAUUAGGAAUUUAUUGUUGGAAAAUAUGACUAUUGUAUUGUUGUAGAAAGUGUCAUACCAAAUUCACCUGCAGCUGUAGCUGGUAUUAAAAAAAAUGAUAUUAUAAUAUCUAUUGGAGGGACAAAAGUUUGUGAUGUUAAACAUGCUACAAAAAUAUUAAAAAAUAUGGGAGAAAGAUUUUUGUUGUCUGUUGAGAGACAAUCUACUCUUAAAGUUUCUAGAUCUCAAGAAGCUCUUAACAGAGAGGUCUUGUUAGAAGAAGAUUUACUACGAGAAGAUGAUCUUGAAGAUGUUACACUUCAAACUUCAGUAGUUGAUGAUUUUGUUAAUAUCACUUUUAAAGAUGUUGGAUCUCAAGAAUCUCCUAAAAGAAAGACUUCAGUUACUGAAAAUACACUUACGACAAAUGAAUCACCUAAAAGAAGAGUAUCAGUUGGAGGUAUUGUACAAGAAUUUAAAUCAACUGAAAGAAGAAGUUCAGGAGAUGAAUUUGAAAAUUCUGACUUAAAGGAUCGUUUUGUAAAAGACACAGAUGUACUUGAUCAAUUAAACAGUUCUAAAGAAAAUAUUGUAGAGAACAUAGAGUCACAAAAAGCACAAAAUGUUGACUUGAAAAAGACACUCUUAAUAAAAGCAGUGCAGGAUCCAGUUUGGAAUGAAAAGUUUUUAUUUAAUAUCACUAAUCAUCAUCAUUUUUUAAAUCUUGGCGUUUGGUCACGUUCUCCCACUGCUUCACCUUUUACGAAAGCAUCAUCAAAAGGAUUGAAAGAUAACUUUUUAGGACAUGUGAGUCAAUAAAUUUUAAGAGUUAAAAUUUGCAAAAUUAUAUUUUUUAAAGUUAUAGAUAAUUUAAUUUCAAUUUUUAAAAUGUUAUUUAUGAGAUAAAUAUUUUAAGUUUACCAUUACAAAAUGUGAUCAUGCACUACAGUUUGCAAUAUUAAUAGCUUUAUUUUUAAAAGAUUACUUCCGUUAAAAAUACAAUAAUUAAAGACAAUAAAUUCAGACUAAUAUGAAUCAUUAACAUUUUAUAAUUUAUUAUGAAAAAUUUGAAAAUUAAUUUAAUAUCUAAGUAUUUUUAAAUACUUAAGAUCUCUCUACCAAGAGAAGCACUGUUUUAUUACAAAUUAGGUCUUAUAUGUACAGUACGUAUACGUGGUGUGUUCAAAAAGUAUCGGACCUUUGAUCGGCAAAAAUAAAUUUAUUGACUUUGAGGUACAAAAACCCUA